CUUUUACUGGAUAACGUUUCUAGUGAGUUUUCAAAAGUUUCAAUAUGGAGCUCCAAAUGAUGUACAGUAUUUUGGGAUAUCUUUUGUUAUUAAUCACAAGUUAUAGAAAGGUUCAUGCGGCAGCAGCUUAUCGUCUUAGCGACACAUAUGAAAAGGUUGGAGAUUACAUAAGUAACGAUAGAGCUAUAACACUCAAAUCAGCUGAAUCUCCAGAUUUAGAUAUUUUAAACCACUAUAUCCACACAGUACCUGUUCAUCAUUUUGCAAGACACGGUCUUUGUAGGCAUGAGGAGGGGAGACAAUAUUUCUACAGAGCAAUGAAAUCAAAGCUAUGCCAAAUACAAGACACAUUUGUAUCCGACCUGGUUGAAAACCUAUGCAGACAUCGAGGUUCCUCUUUGGACAAAUGGGUUUCGGAAUUAUUUGACAUUGAUGGUGAUGGCAUGGUAAACCAUUUUGAGAAUCAGUUUUAUAAGGUCGAUGGAUGAAAACUGACAGAAAACUAACUAGAUGUUUCUUAAUAUUGAACGACAAAGCAAGAUGAUUUUGCUGCAAAAGACGGGAAAAUUACAGAUACAAACAUUCUAGAUAGUAUACCUGCGAGUGUUAAAAGCAUGAACAAGUUUGAUUUUAAUCAAAUAUAUGAGCAGUGCAGAAUUACUUAUACUGAACUUGAUAUGACAUGUGUAAAUGGUUGCAUUCAUUAUGUUGGUGCUUCUGGACUCAGACUUGAUGUGAUAUUAUCUUUUCUGGUUCUGGUAGAUGUAUAGUAAAAUUCUGCUUAUGGGCGUAAGGGGUGUUACAUAUUUCAUUAUAUAAUUAGCUUUCAUGAACACAUUCAAUAAAACCGAAUUUUCUAGAUUUUACUUGCUGGCGUUUUUUGCUUCAAAAUGAGUUACUCUGACACUGUGAAUAACUCAUCAAUAUAUAAUUUAUGUCGAUUUCUUACAUAAUGUAUAUACUGAAAACAGGCAUAGCCAUUUAUGUCAGUUAUCGUGUGCACUUUUCCAGUUUUUAACUGGAAUUUACUUUUUCAUUCAUCUGUAAAUAUAUGUUCUUGGUGUAGCAUU